AGCUCCCGUUCGCAUCUGCAGCCUCACCUUCUUCGCUCGCUCGGCGCCUCUCGAUUCCCUUCUCGUUCCGUCGUCUCGAUUUCCGAUGGCCGACGCAAAGAUCGAGAAGCUCCAGUCCGCGGUUGCUACUCUUGAUCAGAUCAGCCAAAAUGAGAAAUCUGGAUUCAUCAACCUCGUGUCUCGCUACUUGAGCGGCGACGCAGACCAGAUCGAAUGGAGCAAGAUCCAGACUCCGACUGAUGAAGUGGUCGUACCUUACGAUUCCUUGGCGCCACCGCCGGAAGAUAUGGAGGCCACGAGGAAGCUCCUUGACAAGCUUGCCGUGCUAAAACUCAAUGGAGGAUUGGGGACCACCAUGGGAUGCACGGGUCCUAAAUCUGUAAUUGAAGUGCGCAAUGGGUUUACCUUCCUCGACUUGAUUGUUAUCCAAAUAGAGUCUCUCAACAAAAAAUAUGGAUGCAAUGUGCCUCUACUUUUGAUGAAUUCUUUCAACACACAUGAUGAUACACUCAAGAUUGUGGAGAAAUAUGCCAACUCAAAUAUUGAGAUACAUACAUUUAAUCAGAGUCAGUACCCUCGCAUAGUUGUUGAAGACUUUCUGCCAUUACCUAGCAAAGGCCAAACAGGGAAGGAUGGCUGGUAUCCUCCUGGCCAUGGUGAUGUUUUCCCAUCCUUGAAGAACAGUGGCAGGCUUGAUGCCUUAUUAUCACAGGGGAAAGAGUAUGUCUUUGUUGCAAACUCAGAUAACUUGGGUGCUGUCGUUGACCUCAAAAUCCUGAACCAUUUGAUUAACAAUCAGAAUGAGUACUGUAUGGAGGUGACACCUAAGACAUUGGCUGAUGUUAAAGGUGGUACAUUAAUCUCAUACGAAGGAAGGGUUCAGCUCCUUGAGAUUGCACAAGUUCCUGAUGCUCAUGUGAAUGAAUUUAAGUCAAUCGAAAAGUUCAAGAUCUUCAACACCAACAACCUUUGGGUGAACUUGAAGGCUAUUAAGCGGCUUGUUGAAGCAGAUGCACUUAAAAUGGAGAUUAUUCCAAAUCCAAAGGAAGUUGAUGGUGUGAAAGUUCUUCAACUGGAAACUGCUGCUGGAGCAGCAAUUCGAUUUUUUGACAAUGCAAUCGGGAUUAAUGUUCCUCGGUCUCGGUUUUUGCCAGUGAAGGCAACGUCUGAUUUGCUUCUCGUGCAGUCUGAUUUGUACACUUUGGUUGAUGGUUUCGUUGUUCGUAAUGAAGCUAGAAAAAAUCCUGCAAACCCCACAAUUGAACUUGGGCCAGAAUUUAAGAAGGUGUCCAACUUCCUUGCCCGUUUCAAGUCUAUACCUAGUAUUGUUGACCUUGACAGCUUGAAGGUUUCUGGUGAUGUUUGGUUUGGUGCAGGAGUAGUGCUGAAGGGCAACGUGACCAUCACUGCAAAACCUGGGGUGAAGCUGGAGAUUCCAGAUGGAGCUCUCCUUGAGAACAAGGUAAUCAACGGCCCUGAAGACGUCUGAGCAGAAUUCUCACUAAAUUUUGGUUCAUGUAGUUGGGUUCUCUUUAUGCAUUACCCUUACCUAUAUAAAAGGCCAACGGCUCAUGCACUGCGUGAGGCGUGGUAUAAAUAACUGAAUACAUGAGAAUGGAGCUUCGUGUGGGCUUCCAAAAUCUUGUUGCAGCUUUUUCUCCAAUUACUUUUUUUAGCAAUCUGUUGUCUUACAAACUUUGCUAUUGUGUGUUACGUGCAUUGCAUUGUUUGGUAAAUGGAGGUGUAAUGUAAAAUGGGUCGAGAUGAUUGCGAUUGA